AUGGCGUCGCCAAAUGCCAACAACCCGCCAAAGUUGAUUUCCUUCUCGGCUAGUACGAGUUCGAACCACAAUACUCAUCAAUUGGUCGUGAAAACCCGAAAUCUAUAUAUUGCGGUGAUCAUAAGCAGUUUUUGCGCCUUCUGUUUUGGAACCACUGUUGGCUGGACAAAUCCGGCGGAGAAUCUGGUCUUGAAGAGGAAUGCUCACAAGUUUAAGCCAACGAAAACUCAGUGGGAUUGGAUAUGUUUGAUGCUGCCAUUGGGGGUAAUAAUUUGGUGUUUGCCGAUGGGUGCAUUGAUGAAAUAUCACGGCUGCAAGCCUCUGAUGUUCCUUCAAGUGGUGCCCUACACAGUGGGCUGGAUUCUAUUCAUCUAUGCAGAUAACAUCUAUAUGCUCUACGUGGGACGCUUUCUACAGGGUAUGUGUGGUGCGGCUGUCUCCGUGGCCGUACCCGUGUAUCUGGACGAGAUCAGUCAGUGGCAAUAUCGUGGAUUCAUUGGCAGCUUCUACUUUGGCGCCUUUCUCUACGGAAUAAUCUACAGCAACAUAAUGAUUGAAUAUAUUCGAUUGCAGACCGUAUAUGCCAUAAAUAUUGGGUUGGCACUCCUUUGUCUAUUACUGAAGAUAAUACCCGAAUCACCCAUGCGAUAUGUUUGCAAUAACAAACUGGACAAGGCACGCGACACAUUGAUUUGGCUGCGCGUCAAGGAUCAUGACGUGGAUAAGGAGCUGAUGGCACUAUCCCGAGUGAUAGAAAACGAAAUGGAACCAUCCGUGGGUUGCUGGACCGAACUGAAGCGGACCGGGAGUCUGCGAGCUGUCUUAAAGAGCUCUGUGCUCAUGUGUCUGCACCAGUCCGGAGGCGGCGUAGUCAUCAUCUACUACUUGGACAAUAUCUUGAGCGAUGUUGCCAAAGGACAGUGCAUGUCCUGUCGCUUGUGGGUGUGCUUCUUCAUGUGUCUCGGCCAUCUAAUAUGUGUGCUGUUGGUCGAACGAACUGGUCGACGUCCUCUCCUGCUGGUCUCCACGGUAAUCAUGAGUAUCAGCUCUCUGUAUCUUUGCUGCUGGUUCAGGUGGUCAGCCUCCAGUGGCUGGCAUGCGUCAACAAGGAUGAUUGUGUAUGUAUUCGUUGGAGCCUAUGCAAUGGGCCUAGGACCAAUUGCCUGUCUUCUCAAUGUGGAGCUGAUUGUGGCUCCUGCUCGACCUUAUGGAUGCGCCACUGCCAACUUAUUCUCCUGGCUAACAGUCUUCCUAAUGGUCACUUGGCUAACAUUCCGACUACACCAUCAUGUCGUUUUCUAUCUUAUGCUCGUUAUCUGUUUGGUGGUAUUACUUUUUGACAUUGUCUUCCUGCCGGAGACCAAAGGACUGUCACCCCUACAGAUUAAACGCAGGUUGGCUCCCACUUUUGUCGAAUAUUCUAGUGAUGAAUCCUCGUGAAUGAUUAAAUGAAAUC